AUGAGCUUCUUCCUUGGUGGCCUGCGCUUCCGAGAGCAGAUCUAUAACAGCACCGUCACGCAGAUGAGUGCUUGUCUGCUCAGUCUUAGUGUCAUCAGUCUGGUCCUUCCUACCGCCUUCCAUGCCUCUUUCACGAACCUUGCGAAGGCCGACGACCAAACUCUGAAAAUUAGUCGUGGUGUCAGCGUUAUCCUCCUUUUGGUUUAUCUUGUCUACCUCCUCUUCCAGCUCAAGUCUCAUGCGUAUAUGUAUGAGUCUACACCUCAGCACAUAGUCGACGCUGAGUCUGCCCCUGGUCCGGCUGUAGGCUGGUUGGAUACAUCAAGUUCCGAAAGUGAUUCGGACUCCGAUACAGACUCAGAUAGCUCCGAUAGCUCUGGUGGUACUGUCCGCAAGAGGAUGAAGAAGGUGCUGCGCGCCGGCAGGAGACGCAAGUCCAGCUUGACUUCCUACGAUACUGAAGGUCGCCCCCGUACCCGGAACUCCUCCGUCGGCACUCACAACUCCAAGGGUUCCCCCAGCCGGCCCCGUCUCCCUCGCUUCGGCUCAAGCAUCGGCAGUGAGGAGGCUGUGGAGGAUGAGAAACCUCGCAAGCAUCGCAGACAUCACAGACGCCACCACAAGCACAAGAAGUCUAAGAAGAGGAUGCAUAGUAACCUCGUCGAUGUCGACGAGCCCACUAUCAGUGAACGCCCUGAGGUUACUUUUCAGAAUGGUGAACCCCGCCGUGUCGAUUUUGCUCACCAGGGCCCCGCGGUCGAGAUGGGUACUUCUGAGGUUACCCAGACCAACGAGCGCAGGCCUCUACCUGUCCUCCGCGGCUUGUCUAUCAAGAACUUCGCCCCAGCAGUUUUCACUCAACCUCCCGGCUCUCCCGCUAUGGGCCCUGUUCCCGCCGGUCCCGUUCCCCGUGUCCGCUUCGGCAUCCGUCGUACCAACUCUCUACCUGACCGCCUGAACCAACAAGCUGGAAACGUCAGACCACCCGGUGCCUUGUUCCCUGCUCAGAUUCCAAGGGCAGCUGUAAACAGCGGCGAUGAUGUAGACGAGAAAGUCGUACCCAACGACCAUCUCUCUCGCACCGCCGCUAUUCUCCUCCUUCUGUUCUCCACUGGUCUGGUCGCUGUCUGUGCCGAGUUCCUCGUUGAUUCCAUUAAUGAGGUUGUUGCCACGAGCCCUCUGGGUGAGGUCUUCAUUGGUUUGAUCAUCCUCCCCAUUGUGGGCAACGCCGCUGAGCACGUCACUGCGAUUACGGUUGCUAUGAAGAACAAGAUGGACCUGGCAAUUGGUGUUGCUGUGGGUAGCUCCAUUCAGAUCGCUCUCUUCAUCACGCCCAUUGUCGUUAUCAUCGGCUGGGCCCUGGGCAGGGACAUGUCGUUGUAUUUCACCCUCUUCGAGACAGUCUGUCUGUUCGUUUCCGCCUUCAUCGUCAACUUUUUGGUUCUUGACGGCAGGAGUAACUACCUCGAGGGUGCACUGUUAUGCGCGACGUAUGUCAUCAUCGCUGUGGUGGCCUUCUUCUAUCCCAACUCGGACGAAGUCAACGCCCUGGGUGCUUGA